UCCUAUAAGCAAACGCCCACCUCCUCCGCCGCGCUACCUCUUCUCCGCAUAGAAUUCGCGUUAAUCUCAGAACCCCAAUCCCCGAAGAAAUGGUUUACGUAACUUCUUGGGACGAGUUCGUCGAGCGAUCCGUCCAGCUUUUCCGCGCCGAUCCCGAAUCUACUCGUUACGUGAUGAAGUACCGGCAUUGCGAGGGGAAAUUGGUUCUCAAAGUCACCGAUAAUAAAGAGUGUCUGAAAUUCAAAACAGACCAGGCACAAGACGCUAAGAAGAUGGAGAAACUCAACAACAUAUUCUUCACUUUGAUGUCUCGAGGUCCUGAAGCGGACCCAUCAGAAGUUACUGGGAAAGACCAGAUGGACGCACAGCCAAACAAGAAAGGACGGGGAAGAAAACAAUAGUCGUGUCGGCGUAAUUAGGUUGUUUUAGGACUGAUCUUACAGGGAACCAUGGAUUACUACUCGGAAUAAAUAUCCUACAACUCUGAAACAGUUAUUUUUUGUGUAACUACAAAAAUUGUCUUGAUAUUUUCUAAAUGGUUACAGAAGAUUGUUGUUCUCUA